UACGGUUAUGAAUGCGACUGCGUAUGUAUAUGUAGUACAAAAUUUGAAUGUCACUUGUCGAUGCCAAACUGUUUAUCUAUGGUCUCACGAACCGCGUUUUAUUGAAAAAGAAAAAAACAACAUUUUUAAUUAUACAUAAUUCUUGAAACCGAUGAAACCGAAAUUGUCGUCUGAAACAUUUAUACUUCGAUUGUGAUAUUCGAAUCAGUUGAUUUAUUCGAUCAAAGUGUAAACAUUAUGUGUAAGCGAGAGAGCUGAUAAGGGAAUUUGAAUCAAAAUCGAACUUCUGCUGCUUGUAUUUGGGGAAACGUGAAAUUCUCUCUCUCAACCACUCUCAUUCGCACGCUGUCUAAUUAUUAUCAAUGUCAGAAAAACUUGCUAUUAUAUAAAAUGUACACAACGCGCAAUGAACAUACACAAUUCCAGUGAUUAAGUCAUAAACAGCCACUGUCGAAGCAUCAUUUUCUAUUCCUACCCUCACUUUUUCUGUUUUGCAACACACAUUUUUUCAUUUGGAAUUUUACCGAUAAUUUCUGUAAAACAUGGAGCGAAUAAUUCGCGGGAUAAUGCGAUACAGGCAUACGACGAGGGAGCAAAUGGUCAAAGAAUUUGUCAGAGUUAAAAAUGAUCCACAUCCAAAAGCUGUGUUCUUUACGUGCAUGGACAGUAGGAUGAUUCCCACUCGAUUCACAGAGACCCAUGUAGGCGAUAUGUUUGUUGUGCGAAAUGCUGGAAAUCUGGUGCCGCAUGCGCAACACUUCCAAGAUGAGUAUUUUAGCUGUGAACCAGCGGCUCUGGAGCUGGGAUGCGUUGUGAAUAACAUUCGACAUAUUAUUGUGUGCGGGCAUAGUGAUUGUAAAGCCAUGAAUUUAUUGUAUACGCUCCGCGACAAGAAAGAGGCUACCGCUGACCAACGAAGGUUAUCACCGCUGAAAGCCUGGCUGUGUGCACAUGCUACUGAUUCUAGUCUCGACCGCUUUUUGAAGUGGCAGGAUGCUGGCAUGAAAGAUGCCUUGAUUUUUUCAUCCGAAACACCAUUGCGUCGAUUCAUUGCUUAUAUUGAUCAAGAGAAUAAAUUCGGUAUAGAAGACAAACUAUCACAAAUCAACACAUUGGAACAAUUAUCUAAUGUUGCAUCCUAUGGAUUUUUAAAGAAACGCCUCGAAAGUCAUGACCUACACAUUCAUGCGCUCUGGUUUGAUAUUUAUACGGGAGAUAUUUAUUAUUUUAGUCGCGGUCAGAAACGCUUUGUUGAAGUUAAUGAGGAAAAUGCGCAACCAAUCAUCGAAGAAGUAAAUCGAUUUUAUUCAUAGCACUCCUUAUCUCUUACGUCUACAUUCAACUGCCUUAUGUACCAUUGUUGUAAGCUAUACAUUUACAAUGUAAAUGGAAGUGAGUGGUGAUUUCUUUCUUUUAGAAUGUAAUAUUCAUUUGAAAUAAUUUAUAAACAUAUGUGUUGACAAUAAUUGUAAUGAUAAAUCAAACUAAUUCCACUUUGUUUUUUUAUUAUAUGUAUGCACAAAACAAAUUUUUUUUUUUGAAUAAAAUUUGCAGAUUUGCCAUUUA